GUAACAGAUUCUAUUGUGUCGUAGCAUAAAGCGCACUGCAGACUUCAUGCACACAAAAUGAACAAACUGCGUGAAAGGCUCUGAGGCAAGGGUAUGAAGUCGGGUUAUACAAUCGAUGCUCCAAAGAAACACAGCCAAGAAAAGGUGUUUCGUGCCAUCACGGAUGCCACCCGAGAUGAAGGAGGGAAACCGACGUCACACCAAGACAGCCUUGCCACUCAGGUGGAGAGGGCUGAGAGACUGCUGAAGGGUAGAGCAGAAGGGGGAGACAAGCAGGCCCUUUUCCUGCUAGGACAGCUGUACUAUUAUGAGGGGCGCUAUGAGGAGGCAGAGAGAGUCUUUGACGGCCUUAAGGACAUCGAUCCCAGAGCCCUCUUCCAGCUAGCUGUCAUGUAUUACGAUGGCCUGGGCACUGCUAUGGAUCAAGCAAGGGCAGUGGACUACAUGCGGAGAGUUGUCCAGUGGAAUAACCCAGAGGCAGGCUCCAUCAGAUACACUGCUCUGUAUCACAUUGGCAUAGCCUACCUGGAGGGCUAUGGGGUCCAGAAAUCCAAUACAGAAGCAGAAAGUUACUGGCUCCUUGCUGCUGAUGAGGGAAACCCCAGAGCCUGUGUAAAAGCUCAGAGUUCUCUGGGUAUGUUCUACUCUAGACCUGAGACACAGGACCUCAAAAGGGCGUUCUUCUGGCACUCAGAGGCCUGUGGCAAUGGCAGUCUGGAGUCCCAGGGUGCACUGGGGAUCAUGUACUUGUAUGGUCAGGGCAUCCAGCAGGACCCCAAGGCUGCCAUUGAGUGCCUGAAGGAAGCGGCUGAGCGGGGGAAUGUGUACGCCCAGGCCCACCUGGCUGCCUACUACUACCACAGGAAGCUCUACUCCAGAGCAGCAGCCCUUGCCAAAAGGAUUACCAAUUACGAUGACAUUGCUGCCAUCGCCAUGGUCACAGACUGCCUGCCUGAAUACGUAAUUAAGGGCGUGGCCAUUGCUCUUUUCUACUACGCCCGCUGUCUGGAACUGGGAAAGGGGGUUCCUCAGAGCAAGGAGAAGGCCUGGCAAUACUUCACUAAGGCUGCUCGGCUAAACCCAGAAGUGUGCCAGGACCUCCAGAGGGACAUCAUCUUUAGCAGAAUGUAGAGAUCCACCAUCAUGACCUUAGUUAGGGAGUCCAGAUAGCAGUCUCCUCUGUUGCUUUGAGAUGACUUGAGUAAAUAUCAGACCUGAAUGCUGUGUGUUCAGUGUGUGGGUUUGGUAUGGAUAGGAGUACGGCGAUGGUGUGCCCAGUGUAAGAACUGUUUAAUAACUACAGACUCCACACAUUAGAAUGGUGUUACCGGUACUACUCUGCAUGAACUUGGGGUCCUUGAAUUCAGAUACAAAUGUAUAUAAAUUGUAGCAUCCAAAUUCCGAUGGUUUCAAUUUCAUACAAUUCUGAGAAGCUUACAUUGACAAGUGGAUAAAUAAACAAAAAAAAGAGUUAACAAGUCA